UGACACUGUUUACAGCACAUGAUACUUGAUUCAGUCUCUUUUUUAAUCUGCGUAGGGAAUUAAAGAGAGCAGCAUCAAACAGAGGUGCAGCAUAAAUAGCAACAAUGCACCUACAAUUCAUUCCGAUAUUAGGGCUGCUUCUUAUGGGCAGUGUACUGUCCCAAUAUUAUGGUUAUGAUUAUGGUUCACCAGAUGAUUACUAUUCAAGCUUAGCUAUGGGACCUUCUACUGCUAACUGUGCCCCAGAAUGUAAUUGUCCGGCAAACUACCCAUCAGCAAUGUAUUGUGACAAUCUUAAAUUAAAGAAAAUUCCUAUGGUCCCUUCCGGUAUUCAAUAUUUGUACCUCCAGAACAAUAUGAUUGAGGGCAUAGAUAAUGAUGCAUUUCAAAAUGUGACCGAUCUGAAAUGGCUGAUUCUAGACCACAAUCACCUGACCAAUGCAAAUAUUAAGAAAAAUGCAUUCUCUAAACUGAAGGAGCUAAAUAAACUUUAUAUAAACUUCAACAACCUCACUGAACUUGUGGGGCCACUACCAAAGACCAUGGAUGACCUGCGUGUAACCAACAACAAGCUCGCAAAGAUUACCCCUAACAUUUUAGAGGGUUUAGAGAACCUUACUGUUGUACAUCUGCAACACAACAAACUGAAGGAAGAUUCAAUUUCUGGUGCAUUUAAAGGCUUAAAAUCACUUGUGUACCUUGAUCUAAGCUAUAAUGAGCUCACAAAGGUACCUAUGGGACUUCCACCAAGCCUAAGCAUGCUUUAUUUUGACAAUAAUAAAAUCGGCAAUAUUCCUGAUGAAUAUUUCCAAGGUUUCAAGGGGCUGCAAUAUCUUCGCCUGUCUAACAAUCAGCUCAAAGAUGCUGGUGUACCUGGAAAUGCUUUCAAUAUCUCAACCCUUCUUGAGCUGGACCUUUCAUUUAAUUCACUUUCAACCAUUCCAACAGUGAAUGAAGGCCUGGAAAACCUCUACUUACAAGUCAACAAAAUCCAGAAACUAACCGUAGGCAGCUUUUGUAAAGUCAUCGGCCCACUGGACUACUCCAGGAUCAGACACCUGCGCUUGGAUGGAAACAACAUCACCCGAUCUGAAAUCCCCAAUGAGAUUCACAACUGCCUCCGCUUAGCUUCAGAUAUUGAGCUGUAAAAUGUAAAAUUUGCUUAAGCAGUGGUUCUCAAGCUGAUGAUUCCUUCUUUUGUUCAUUCACUCAUUCAGGUUAAAGAAAUCCAUUAAAAUAUACAACAAACCUAAAUCCUUACAUGUUUUGUGUCAGAUUAAAUGCAUGUGGUCCAACUGUAAAGAUUUGAAGCAAAGAUAAAAUUCGACAUAAAGGGAAUUUUUAACUAACCUAUAGCAUAUGAUGAAAAUAUGAAAAAAAAUAUUAAAAACCCCUUGAUGGGGAAAGAAACCCUUUUAAAAAUGUAAAAAUAAUUCAUAAAUACUAUAUUGUAAGGAACAGUAAAUGUAUUUGGUUUAAAAUUUUAAAAGUGCUGGCAUUUUUCUCUAUCUUUACAAACUGGUCCAGUGAAAAUAUUUAAAGUUUUUCUAGCGCCACAUUUUAUAACCGUGCUGCACAUCUAUGUUACAUUUUGCAAAACAUUUAAAAUGCAAUAGAUAAAGAUAUAAAUAUUAAUCUUACAGAAUAGCGUGUUAUUAUGAGUAAAUGGGGUCUAUUUCUCAAAGAUGUCAGCUGGUAUAAAGAACUGAUGGAGCUCUCCACUGGGCUGUCAUUGGGAAAACAUCAACUCAAACCUGCUUAAUUGUAGUUUGUUACAAAAGUUACAUAUAGUACUACUACUACUACUACUACUACUACAUGAAGCAUAGUCCCCAAAUGUAUGUAUGGGCUGUAACACACAGAUUCUGUAUGUUUUUUUAUUUUAGUAAAAAAUGUAGUGUGUAUGAAUUAAGCCUUUGGACUCCUCUUUUCUGUUAAAUACAAUCAUGUGAUGUCAAAAACACAAGUAUUCUCAGGUAUUGGAGUCCAGUAACAAGAUAAGAGGAGAGUGGUAUAUUUCACAUAUUUAUAACAUUCUUUAACAGAGGCAAAAUGACACAAUUUCCUUAAAGCUGAACUCCAGGCAAACACCUGAAUAGGCAACUGAAAUACAUACAUACAUAUGUGAGUGGUAUUACCUGCCAAAAGACUUGUACAUGCUCACACUGUUAGGCUGGCGACUUGUCUUUCCUUUGCUUCAGUUAAGCAAAACAUAGGUCACAUACCUGCCUUCAUUCUGUGACUGAACAGUGAAAGAGCAGCAACAGACCGAUGAGAUCACCUUUCUGCUCUCCCCUGCUGCCAACAUGUUUCAUAUUCACACAUAGGAAAGAGGACUUCUCAUUGGCCUCAAACACUGCCCCUCUCUUCCCAGUGCUGCUGUAAAGGAUAGUGCAAAAGGCUGUUGAGGUAUAUUUAACAGUCGCAUUUAAUAUAUAUUAAAUGAUUUAUUUUAUAAAUACUCAAUUGCAUUUGCGCAUUUGUUUUUAAAAUCUGCCUGGUGUUCAGCUUUACAUUUUUGUGUGGACCUAACAUCAGCCACAUUAGAUAUGCUAUUCUAGGAAUAUUACAUUGUUGUAUUAGACUUAACUUUUACAUUUGCAUUUAGAUUUUUAAUGCCUUUUGCUUUAAUGCAUUUUGUUCCUGUGUGAUGAUGACUAGCAUAAUGUUACAUCCAUCUGACACUACACAUUAACUUAUCUCAUCCCUCAUCUUGAAGUCUCUGUUGCCUAAAAUCUGGGCACUUAUCAACUUUUAUAGUUGGGAUAAAGGCAGUAUAUUCUCUGUAAUUAAAACAGUUCAUAUGAUACUUUUUCCCAUAUACAGCAUUUAACAUGAUUCUGUUACCCUAAAGUAUGCAUAAAUGGCAGGUAUAGUAUUUGUCCGACAACAUGAAUUUCAACAUAACUUUACUUACUUUCACUUUUUCAGAGCUUCUCUUGUAUAUUCCAGGCACUUUCAAAUCCAUGAGCUUGCUAUAUGCUAAUCCCAGUUUGCAGCCCAAGUCCAAAGUUGUGGAAUACCUCUAUUUGCUGUCAUUAGCAUAAAGCACAUUCCUGGGCUUGGCAUGCCAAGAGCUAAGAAGGAAAAGUUUUAAAGCCAAUUAAAAUUAUAGGCAGAUACCUUGAUUUUCUGCUGUAUGGCAAAUACCCUAACUGCAGACUUUGAUGUGACAUGUUUACUUUUCAAAUCUCCUUGACUAUUGUGCCCAUGGAAAGCCAAAUCCCCUUCCAAUCUCAAAAAAGCAUUUUUCAGUUAGCAUCCAAAUGUCCAAACUAGCAGAGGACAGUUGGAUACCAGAUGCCAAGGGUGAAAAAUUAAAUCAAGCAGCUAAACAGAAAAAGCCUUUCCUGUAUUUGGAGUACAUGGGCAUCCACUGGGGUCAGAAAUGGGUUCCAGUUUACAAAAUGAAAAGUUAUGCAUUUUCUUGAAGCAUGAUAUGCAGUAUCAAAAGUAACCUGUUUUAAGGACUGGUCUAUUUGAGCAAUAAAAAGCAAUAAAACCUUUUUUUAUAAUG